AUGUAUUUGCCGAAGAUAGUGCCAGGGGAAGGUCGACGUCGAUGUCGUGCUAGCCGAUUGUUCUUCUCCGGAAUAGACAUCAACGCCGCGAUACGGGCAGGCGUUAAGCGCUUCAUCCCCAGUGAAUUCGGUCCCAACUCGCGGAACGAGGAAUUUGUCAAAUAUAACGAUGUUGUGCUUCCUGUGCGUGCGGGCAUUGUCGACUGCCUCAAGUACAAAGAGGUACAGGGAGAUGGAAAGCUCAGCUGGAUAAGUGUAAUCUGUGGCGGCUUCUUCAACUGGAUGCUGUACAGUGGGAUGCUGGGAUUCGAUUUCGAGAGUAGAAGCGUGGAUCUUGUCGACAAUGGUACGUCCGUCUGUACGUUCACCUCGCUCUCCACUGUUAGCGGAACAGUAGUGAACAUUCUGGAGCAUGCGGAUGAGACGAGGAACCGGUACGUUUUCACAAUGUUGUUUCGGGUAUCUCCGCGCGAUGUUUUGGACGUUAUGGAGAAGGUCGAUGGGAAGAAACGGAGUGUUCGUUGUACUACUUGUAAGGAGGUGAUUGCGAAAGGGAGGAAGAGGUUGGAUAACGGCGAGUUUACGGGGAUUACGGAUUUGACAAGGGGGGCUGCGUUUGGGAGACUGGCACUUGGGGAUGAGAGUAAGAACAGAUUCUGGAAACAGCGGUUGGGAUUGGUACAAGAUGAGGACAUUGAGGGGGCCGUCAGAAAUGUUCUCAGAGGCCAGGGUAUGCUAGGCGAGUAUAGCUAUCGGUACGGUCAUCGGUCGAGACUCAAUUUCGUGAGUGAAGUGUGGGAUUGGUGUCGCUUGACAUGGUUUUGA